CCGAACCGUGGACUGAGACAGUCAGCUGAUCCCUGCGACUCGCAGUUACGUCAACUACUUGUUAGGACGAUAACAAGUUAACUCGGGUCACCAAAUACCAACUGCGGGGUUUAAAAAAUGAGCGGACUGGACUGGGACUCUGCGGCACGGCAGCACGUUGACGGACUCUAAUUAACAGCCGGCCGCGCCGCAGUCGAACCCCAUGAGACGGGGGAGUUGUAUUGUCCUAGCUUGCUGGCUAACGUUAGCUAUUUGUCUGGCGAGUGAGUCACCGACACCGCUGCUAGAGCGAUGUCCCUGCGGCAGAAAUACCGGCGCCCGCCGGCGAGCGUGAAGCAGGAGCAGGACGACGACUCGGACGCGGAGGAGCCUCACCCGGGGCCGAGGAGGGCGGAAGGACCGGAGUCCCAGAUCAUCCACAGCGGACACUUCAUGGUGUCGUCGCCCCACAGCGAGCACCCGCCGAAGAAGGGCUACGACUUCGACACCGUCAACAAACAGACCUGUCAGACGUAUCGCUUCGGCAAGGCGAGCACGUCGCACUUCUCCAUCGACGCGUCGCUGACCAAGCUCUUCGAGUGCAUGACCCUCGCGUACAGCGGCAAGUUGGUGUCUCCCAAAUGGAAAAACUUCAAAGGUCUAAAGCUGCUGUGGAGAGACAAGAUCCGCCUAAACAAUGCCAUAUGGAGAGCCUGGUAUAUGCAGUAUGUGGAGAAAAGGGAGAAUCCUGUUUGUCACUUUGUGACUCCCCUCGAUGGAAGUAUGGACUUGGAUGUCCAUCGUCCGGGCAUUGCCACAGAGGGAAAAUGCUGGAAAAGAAGAAUUGAAAUCGUGAUAAGAGAAUAUCACAAAUGGAGAACAUACUUCAAGAAAAGGUUGCAGAAGCACAAGGAUGAUGACCUCUCAAGCUUGCUCAAGGGACCAGAGGAGCAGUUAUUGCUGUUUGGGGAAGUCUCUCCAGACAUGCUCCGUGUCUCCUUUUAUCAGGAUGAAGAGACUGCUGCACGCCGCGUGACUCGUAGGCUCAAUGAAACACCAGCACCCAUGGAGAUGGACACCCUCUUCGACAUGGAUGUUCUAAUGUCUGAGUUCUCAGACACGUUGUUCUCUACGUUGGCCUCGCACCAGCCUAUAGCCUGGCCCAAUCCAAGGGAGAUUGCUCAUGCAGGGAACGCAGACAUGAUCCAACCAGGACUAAUCCCCUUACAACCCAACCUAGACUUCAUGGACUCAUUUGAUCCACUGCAAGACUUAUUUCACAGCCUCCGUCAGCCCGCCUUCCCCUCUGUUUCCCCCACUGCAUCAUCUAUUUCCCCUCUAUCCAGCAGCAGUUCUCAGUCACAGGCCCAGUUAAUGUCCUCCAUGCAGCUCGCAACCAACCACAUCUCCCCUCCCGGCCCCCUGCCCAUCCCCUCUCCCAUGGGCAGUCAAACCAGUCCAACAGGUGGUCGUGGCGAUGUUCAAAACUACAUGCCUCUGUUUCAUGGGCAGGUGGCACCCAGUGAUCAAGCAGUGGUUUCUUCUGUCUCUCAGCAAUUAUCACAUGAUCCUCUGUCACAGUGCCUCCAAGGGCAGGACCUGGGUUCAGCAGCGCCCAUGGUUCCCUCACCCUUGAACAACACCUCUGUGCUGGAUGAGACCAUAGCACCAUCUGUGAUUACACACACAGCCUCCUCUAGUGUCACACCCAGCGACACAGCCGCCACCAUCAGCCACUGCUCAGAGUUUGGCUCCUUAUCCACACAAUCUCCACCUCCUCCGUCUCAACUCCAAACGCUGGCUCCAUUGCCUGCUGCUCCUGUGCAGCACCCUCAGACCUUUGCCCUGCCUCGCCCCUUCCAGUCAUCCAGUGCCAACAAAAUCCGCCCCGUGCAAAGGAUUGCUCCUGCCAACACCCUCCCCCCUUCCCACCUCGUCUUCACAGCCCCUUUCCCAGGUCAUACCAACGCUGUAAUCGUUACACCAACGCCUCUGAAGGCAGAUGCGGUCCCUAAUACUGGAGUUGUCAUCUCUUCGUCACAUCUAGCAGGGGCUCCUGGGUUUCACGUUGUGUCUCAGGCGCAGAAGCCAAACGUCUCCAGACAAAAGUCUUGUUCUUCCAGCCGUAAAAAUCAGAAAGCUUCCUCUAGUGUCGGUCACAGUCAGCCAGGACCAGGUCAAGGGACAACAUGUGUGUUGGAUCAAAUCCCUAGUCCUCAGUCACUUAUCAGCAGCAGCACAGCACUGGUAAAGAAUGAACAAAAUCAGAGCCGGAGGACAACACACAUAUCUGCUGAGCAAAAGAGACGAUCAAACAUUAACAUUGGCUUCAAAACACUCUGCAGUCUGGUUCCCACUCUAAAGUCCCAGUCAAAUAUCACUAAUGCAGUCACAUUGCAAAAGACAGUGGAUCACAUUGGGAAGCUCCAGCAGGAGAGGCAGCAGAUGCAGGAAGAGGUUAGGAGGCUACGAGAGGAGAUAGAUGAGCUCAACACCUCCAUUAACUUUUGUCAGGAACAGCUGCCUGCGACAGGGGUGCCCGUCAGGCGGCAUCAACUGAGCCACAUGCAAGAGAAGUUCAAUGAAUACGUAAAGUGCCGCACUCUUCAGAACUGGAAGUUCUGGAUCUUCAGCAUCAUAAUCAAGCCUCUCUUUGAGUCGUUCAAUGGGAUGGUGUCGACCACAAGCAGAGCAGAGCUGUGUCAGACCACACUGCAGUGGCUUGAUCGUCACUGUUCUCUUCCAGUGCUCAGACCAAUGGUGCUGAGCACCCUUCGCCAGCUGAGCACAACAACGUCCAUCCUCAGUGAUCCAUCCCUUUUGCCUGAAGAAGCCAUGCAGGCCGUUACACUCACCGACCUGUAGCCUUCUCUCAGAGGAGGUGAGGUGACCUCAAUCCCCCCGAACCUUUUUAACAACCGUCACUACCAGUGGCACAUCACUACUCUACCUUGAAGCCAUUCAGCACCUUUGCCACGUCUUCCGCGGAAACCAAACGCAGGCACGGUCUGGCUUACUUUUCCUCGGCAUGUGCUGCGGGUAUACAUUUGCUCUGUUGCACAUUGAUUCUUGGGAACGAUGCACAUAGGGAGUCGUGCUUCUGACAUUACAUUUAUAACAACUGUGCAAAAAUGGCUUUUAUCAUGUUAUAUUUGAAUGACAGCGACUACUUCUACCUUCAGCUACUUUGGGUGAAGAUCUUCUAAAUACUUCAUUGGAAGAUGGUACUUGUGGUUUGCCUUUUGAACAAAAGUAUAUUUAAAAAAUUGUAAUUACUUUAACAAUGUGCAGAACACAACAUUGUAUUAAAAAGGGAAAUAUUGAGUGAUUGUUCAUGUUGUGUUCUCUGUCAGAUGUAUAGUUACGUGGAAAUUAUGUUUUUUUUUCACAAGGGGAGGAGAUGUACAUGGGUUUUUUGGACAUAUGGUAUAAUAGUUUUGUUUUUGUUGUUUUUUGUUCUGAUUGGGAGGCUCUGAAUCCUUUCAUAAAAAAGACUUUACAUCAGAAUGUAGGGGUUCACCUAGAGUCAAUCACUCGUGGGCCUCUCUAUACCUAAUCAAUACCAGAGAGAUGAGAGCAACGUCAUCUUUUCCAUCCCUCAUUUACUCAGGUGAAUGUUGUUUUGCCAGUCAACAGUACUGGAUGUCUGGUGGUUUUUCCGCCCAUGCUGAACUUCUUUCUCUAUGUUUUGCUUGCUCUGCCCAUUUCUAGUGAGUUUAACUGCAAAUUACACACGACCGCAGGCACUUUGAGUACAUGGGUUUCUAUUGGGUAGGUCGCAGCAUAAUGGAGCAAUAUUACUUAUGGCCCUCAUAGGGAGCAUAACUGAAAUGGCAGUACGAACUAUAAAUAUUCUCUCACAUGUACAGUGUUACCAGAUCUUAUCUGAAUGCACGGUAGCUGUCUCCUCUGUUUUCUGUUGGUCACUCAGGGCUGCGCUGGCGAGCGUAAUUAUGUUCCAUUCAGCGAUUCAACAAAUCAUGCCAGGAUCUUUCUCGGCAGGAAGACACAUUUUUCUGUAAGGGUGGAGGUCACGUCAUGUGGUGUGUGUGUUUUUUGUUGUUGUUUAUAAUUACGCUAAUUUCUACACACACACACACACACACACACACAUACACACAAGAAAAGCCAUAUGAAAGCAUAGUUUGUCCUAAUGACUUCUCUCUUCACGGCUUGAGAAUUAGACGCAGUGCAAAUGUAGUCGACAUGUGCGACACACAGCAGAUCAGCCUUAAGGUCAAAGUGCCUUUACCUGUGAUCACCUCAGCUCUUCUCAGACACUCGCCUCUUUCCUGAUUUCUUUUUUACUUUCCACUGAACGACUUGGUUUACUCUCGAGCUUAACAUUACCACAAGGCUCCACUUUUAUUGGAUCAAUGUGCAGCUGUCUUGUGUGCAGUGUUUUAUUGUGGAUACCAAGUGUCUUAUAAUGGGACAUUUUCCUUUUCGGUCACAUAAAAAAAAUCAUGUAGCUGUCGUUUUACAGGCUUUUCGGUUUACAGUCAGACGGAGGCAACAGUCAUCAGAAUUCAACACUUUUACAGUCCACAAUGGUGCAGCCUAUUUUCAGUGUUGCAAACCAAACGUUAAGAGGUCACAUUUACCCAAAAUUAUUUAUUACCACUGUAAGAAAUUAAGAUGCACCUCUGAAUGCAGCUAUGCUUGUCAUGUUUGAAAAGGAAAAAUAUUUGUUUGACUUUUUUUUCUGCAUUGUUUAUUUUUUCCUCCUCAAACUAAGUGAACUCAUUGUGUAAUUUAUGACAUGAUAUAAAGCCCCAAUGUUUUACUGCAGCCUGGCAUUUGUGUUGUGAUAUUUUUAUUUUUGUUUUGUUUUAGUUUUUUAUCAUUCGAUGAU